AUGGGCAACCAAGCCUCCACCCUCGUCGCGGUCCCCUCGCCCGUCCAGGAGCCGCACAACGCGCACUGCGCGUACUGGUACCCGGCCAAGGCGGGCGACACGUGCGAGGCCGUGGCGCGGGCCAUGUGCGGCGACGUGGCCCGGCUGCAGGCGCUGAACCCGGCGCUGGCCGGCGACUGCGGCGCCCACCUCUGGGCCGGCACCUGGUACUGCCUGCAGGACGUCGGCCAGCCGGCCCCCUGCGCCGGCGCGCCUGAGCUUCCCGUGCCCGAGGCCUGCCCGCCGGGCUUCAUCUGCAAGAAGCCCGGCGAGGACGGCUGCCCGGCCGACCGCUUCUGCAAGAUCGAGGUCGUUGCCCAGCCCGACGUCACGUCCACGGCGGUCGUGGUGGUCACCGCGGCGCCGGUGAGUCUCGAAAAGAAGCGGGUAGUGUACAGGGCUUAA